AUGCUACAUGAACAUGAAGGCUUUGUCCGUCUUCCUCAUGAGCACUUGAUAUACACCUCCCCACCUCGCACUAGCCUCUCUUUGCAACCCCUCGGCUCAUAUAAAGGCAAGGAUGCUUUAUCAAUCCAAAGUGGUUCAGGCCGAAUAUAUCUUACAAACCAGCGGGUCGUUUACAUACCUGUCCAGAAAUCCAAUGAAUUUCAAUCAUUUUCUGCACCACUUCUUCACAUACAUGAUACCCAUGUAUCAGCUCCCUUCUUUGGCCCAAAUGUGUGGCAGUCUCUGGUCCAGCCGGUGUCUGGUGGAGGGAUACCCCCAUCGCUGCCAGCGGUACAGUUGAAGGUGACUUUCAAAGAGGGAGGAGCAUUUGAUUAUCACAACCACUUUGAACGGAUUAAAGAACGCCUACAACAGGCCGUCGAGGUUUCCCAAGAGAGCAAUCGAGGAGCAAGGGAGGUUGACUUGUCUACUAUCCAUCUGGACGAACUGCCUGCUUACUCCGGCCCACUACAUGAUUCGACUGGCGCUACUCACAGUACUCAGCACGCCCCGUCAAACUCGCAGGAUAACUGUGCUACUUCGGUGUCAUGUCCUGAGCCCAUGGAACCGCCACCAGGCUACGAAGAAGUUCAACAACAGAGUAUUGCUAAUGCCCUCGAAGAAAGGUUACGUCGUGCCAACUCCGAAAUGGGUAUUUCCGACUUUUUCUCCGACAUUAUGUCCUCCUUCAGCCUCCCCGAGGCUCAGGCUGAGGCUCCCGCCGAGAACGUCGAGCAGUCCAGCAGUCAGGAGACCGAGACCGAAGAGAAGUCUGCUGUUACCGAGGAGUCGACCAGCGAAGAGAAGCCCGAGGAGUCUGCUGAGGAGACUCCUGAAGAGUCUGCCGAGGAGGAGCCCGAGCAGGAGGAGGAAGAAGAGGAAGAGGAAGAGGAAGAGGAAGAGGAAGAGGAGCCUGAGGAUCUCAAACCCAAGCUCGAGGAGGAAUGUGCCAACUCCGCUCAGUGCGCCCCAUACAAGCACCACUACGAUGAGUGCGUUGAGCGUGUCACUCAGCAGCAGGAGGACGCCGACUACAAGGGUCCCAAGGAGGACUGUGUUGAGGAGUUCUUCCACCUCGCCCACUGCGCCACCCAGUGCGCCGCCCCCAAGCUCUGGAAGUCCCUCAACUAA